CUAGGGUUUUUGUGGAAGGAAGCGUCAAGAUUGUUUGCGGGGACGAUCGAGCUCGAUCGGGGCAGCUUGGCGCUCGAAUGCAGCUUGAAUCGCUGGAAUUGUAAGCGGCGAGUGGAGCGCAGCAGUCAUGAACGCCGGGCCGUCGGGAUUUCAGAAUGCUCCAAUCACGAAGGGCGUUGUGGUGGUGUGCGGAUUGGCGACGUUGCUCGUCGGCACUUCGCGGAGGAGCAUCAUCAAGGCUUGUGGUCUUUCCUAUCAGGCCGUAGUACAAAAUCUCCAGCUAUGGCGUCUCGGGACGGCGACCUGCGUUUUCUCUUCGACUCCCGAGCUAGUUUUCGGUCUCUAUUUAAUUUAUUUCUUCCGGGUGUUUGAACGGCAGAUCGGAUCAAACAAGUACUCGGUGUUCGUUCUUACAACUACAAUCAUCUCGACACUGUUGGAACUUUCCGUCUUGUCAUUUUUCAGAGAUCCCACAACUUCCGGUAUCAGCCUAGCGCCGGGACCUUAUGGAUUGAUCUUCGCUUCUUUUGUACCGUACUUCUUCGACAUACCAAUCUCUACGCGCUUUCGAGUUUUUCGAAUGCAGUUCUCGGACAAGACCUUCGUGUACCUGGCUGGCCUUCAGCUGCUACUCUCCUCGUGGAGACAAUCUCUGAUACCAGGCUUGUGCGGGGUGCUGGCGGGAUUUACAUACAGAUCCAACAUUUUUGGCAUUAGAAGAUUAAAGUUUCCAAAAUGCGUGGCAUCGUUCUUCUCUCGAAUUUUCUCCCCCCUUCUCUUGAGCUGGCCAUCGCCAGCCCCCAGAGGCUUGAGAGAGCCUUCGCGACGUUUAGUCGAGGGACCAUUCGUUCCUCCGCAAGCUCCCGCCCGUGCAGCCGCUCCUCCACCGCCUCCUCCGGAAGAAUCCAUCGCCACUCUUGUCUCAAUGGGCUUCGAUAGAGGCCUCGCCAUCCAAGCUCUGAGCCAAGCUCGAAACGACAUGGUUGCGGCUACCAACAUCCUCUUGGAGCAAUCCCACUAGAAACUCCUUCCACUGUAUACAUUCUUCUCCAAAAGGGGCCCAAAAAUCCACCGAGCACCAAAGUUUUGUUC